GCGUCGUUCGCACCGACGUGUUGCUGCCGGGCGCCGUUCGGGAGAAAUUGCAGAAGGGUGCUGUUUACUACGGCGGGCCUCCCGCUUACAAAAGUUCGGGAAUUCCUCUGCGGCGACUCGCAUUGUUCGUGGGUCCCCUUCGACGAGUAAAGUACGGGAUAGAUCGGCUGGACGCGGACUUAGUGCCGACGCGGCGACGUUCACAAGUGCACGGGCUGUGCUGCUCCCGUCGUGUUGAGACUACGUCGCCGCCGUCAGGCGCAGCGCGUCGUGCCGCUGGCUACCAGUCGCCAUCGCCCUCUCCUGCGAGACCACUUCAGCGCCGCGGUCGCCGGCUCCGAUAUGGCCUCGCACAUCCCCGACUUGGAGGCCCUGGUCGGCGAAGUCGAGAAGCACCCGCUGCUCUACGACCCCGCUCAUCGCGACCAGAGGGACGCCUUCAAGCGGUCCCAGGCUUGGAAGGAGAUAGGCAAAGCCCUGAACGCUACAACUUCCACGUGCAAAAGGCAAUGGCGCAGCGUGCGCGACCGCUUCGUGCGUGAGGAGAGGUUGUGCAGGACCUCCCAACAACCGGUGAGCGAGGCCGAGCGCUUCGAAAAGUGGGGACUCUACAGGCACCUCGGUUUCUUGGCCAAGGUCUACAAGACCAGGCUUUGUGAAAAAAGUGCCCUCGGUCAUGGCACGGCUACCGAAAAAAAUUUCGUCCACGGCGGACGGCUGGGACCCUCGCAAUCAACGCCGUCUCCUGUGCAGCCUGUGCAGGCCGUCCAGCUGUUUCCGAGUCCGGCCGGGGACAAAGACGCCGAGGCCGCCGACUACGACACGGGAUCAGAGUGCGUCAUCUUGCACCCCGACGUCAUCACUCAGAGUGUCCUGCUGUCAAUGGUGAGUGUGCCAUCACCGGAAGAAAUCAUCGUCCCAGAUCAGCCGCCGUCCAUGGACGUCCACGUGCCGACGACUAACUGCGGCUCAACUUCAGGGCACGAACAGACCUCGGAGUCUGCGCAGCGAGAGCCGGCCGCAACCGCUUUAAACCACGUGACCAUCAAGGAGGAGCCACUUUCUUGCGUGAAUUCCGAGGAAGAAACCGAAAGCGGCGGUGCACAUCACGGCGCUGCCGCAACCGUGGCUCAUGACGACACCUCGCGUGCCGCACCUCGCCGAGCUUCCUCCGAAGAGAGACAGGCGGCGCCACGCCGCAAGCGGAAGUUGCAGCCGACGACCACGUCGACCCUCAAGCGGCCACGACGCGACUUCGAAGCAGACAGGAGCGGGGGCGACGAUGCCGUCGACAGCGCCGAUGCCCUCCUGCGCCAUCUGGCGCAGGCGACGGAGAGAGUCCGGGUCGCGGCCGACGCCACGACGACGUGCCGAUUGAUGCAACUGGAUUCCGCCGACUCGGACAUCAUGUUCCUGCUAAGCCUACGAGAAAGGCUUAGGAGCUUCGGCCCUAGGGAGCGCAGCCUAGCACUAGUCAGGAUUCAAGAAGUACUGCACGAGAUAGAGUUCGGAACAGCGGCUCGUUGAUUUAGUACGUAUUUGUUGUAAUUAAGUAGCACAUAUCGACAAUCACCCCAUCGUCGCGAGCCAUUUUCAUUUGUAAUAAAAAAAAUGCAAAAGUA